ACCUCUCGGAGUGGCGACGCGGCUCCGGGCGCUCUCUUUCACCCACUUCUUUCCCCCCCCCUUUCCCGGGGCGUGGUGUGUGUGUGUCUGUGUGUAGCCGCGCGCGGGUGUGUGUAUUUGUGUGUGUGUGUGUGUGUGCCCGUGCGCUCAAUCACAUGGUGUUUUAAGAAAUGCUCCAAAGAUGGCGGUAGCGGCGGCCGGAGGCGGCGGCAGCGGCGUCGGCCGGUUGCAGCGGAGCGGCGCGCUGGAAGUUUUGGUGCGCGACCGGUGGCACCGGGUGCUGGUGACCCUGAGCGGCGAAGCGCUGGUGCUGAGCGGCGAGGAAAGCGGAGGCGCCGCGGCUUACAACGGCAUCGGGGCAGCCUCGGCGGGCAAUGGAACUUUCUGCGGCAGAGGAGCCGGCGGUGGGGCGUCGAGGGCGGCGACAGCCUCUUCUUGUCCCCUGCCCGGCGCUGGCUCGCCCGAAUCGCCGUCGGGGAGCAGCUACAACAGCAGCGGCAACAACAACGGCGGGAGCCCCAAGACGGCGGCGGCGGCGGCGGCGGGAGUUCGGACGGCGCUGACCGACUUGCCCGAACAAGUGCCCGACGCCGUCUCCAACCAGAAGCGGUGCGUCAAGGUGUUGAAGCAAGAGAUGGGCGGUUUGGGCAUCAGCAUCAAAGGGGGCAAAGAGAACAAGAUGCCCAUCCUCAUCAGCAAGAUCUUUAAAGGCUUGGCGGCCGACCAGACCCAAGCGCUCUACGUCGGCGAUGCCAUCCUGACCGUCAACGGCGCGGAUUUGCGCGAUGCCACCCACGACGAAGCCGUGCAGGCGCUCAAGAGGGCGGGCAAGGAGGUCGUGCUGGAAGUGAAAUACAUGCGAGAAGCCACCCCCUAUGUGAAGAAAGGUUCUCCUAUUUCUGAAAUUGGAUGGGAAACUCCUCCUCCUGAGUCCCCCCGUUUGGGCAACCCAACCAUCGAUCCCAUGUUGCCACUGUCUCUCAACAUCCACCGAGACAAAAGGACCAUCCCACUCAAAAUGUGCUACGUGACGCGGAACAUGGCUAUGUUAGAUCCAGAAAACAGGAUUGUUGAAGUUCAUUCACCGGAUGCCAAGCACAUCUUGGUGCUAAGGAGUAAAGAUGCGAGCACUGCCCAGGCCUGGUUCUAUGCCAUCCACUCCUGUAUCAGCGAGCUCAUUCCCAAAGUCAUCUCAGAGGUCAAAGAUCAACUGGGUAAAGCAGGAAUAGCCGGAGGCCGAGAAAUUAGGCACUUGGGUUGGCUGGCAGAAAAGGUGCUGGGAGAGAAUGAGAAACCUGGGAAAGCUGUAUUGGUUGCCUUGACAGAGAAGGAUCUCUUGAUAUUUGAAAGCAUGCCACGCAUCAAGGAAGCUUGGUUUACUCCACUGCAUUCCUACCCUCUCUUAGCUACCAGGUUGGUACAUUCAGGACCUGGGAAGGGCUCUCCACAGUCUGGGGUAGAUUUGUCGUUUGCCACUCGAACGGGCACGCAACAAGGGAUUGAGAGCCACCUUUUCAAAACCGAGACUAGCCGAGACCUUUCACUGUGGACCAGGAGCCUAGUCCAAGGUUGCCACAACGCAGCUGAACUCUCCGUAGAAGUCACAACAGCUUGCACGUACAAAAACCAGGAGUGCCGUUUGACCAUCCAUUAUGACCAUGGAUUUUCCCUCACCACCGAACCCCAAGUUGGUGCCUUUCCCAAAACCGUCUUCCAGUAUCCCUACGAGAAGCUAAAAUCGUCUUCAGACGAUGGGAUUCGGAUGCUCUAUUUGGACUUUGGAGGAAAGGAAGGUGAAAUUCAACUGGACCUUCAUUCCUGCCCAAAGCCGAUUGUAUUCAUCAUUCAUUCAUUCCUUUUUGCCAAGAUUACAAGACUUGGAUUGGUAGCAUAAAUUCUUUUCUGUCAUUGGCAAGAACAACAACAACAACAACAAAAGUGGAACUACUCGAGUCCAACUCUACAACAUGUUGUCAGCACUGGGAGCUAACUAGGAGAACAUAUGAACUCUUCUGCAGAUGACCUGAAGUUCAGAUAUGGGGCAAAGUCAAUGCUAUGAUCAAAUACAAUAAUAGGGCUCCGAAGAAUAAAAGUCAGAAUAUUUGCUUCAACUAAAACAUAUGUUGCAAGGGAAACAACAUCGAUUGCUUUGAAUAAAGCCAAAAUUGAGUCAUUAAGAAGAGAUGAAUGACUGUAUGAUGACAUUUCGUACUCAUUAAGUGUGCCUCUAUGUAUGCUUGUAGAGCAGUCCGCUCCAUCUUGGGUUUUGAGAAUGUCAGGGCUUCCCUAGAAGAUUCAGCAAUUUUUCAAUGAAAAGAUUGGUGAUGGUAGAAUAGCUUCUGUGAAUGCAAAGUUUUUCCCUUCUCCCCUUCAUCGUCUUCCCCCCACCCUUUAAAACAGGGGUCUCCAACCUUGGCAACUUUAAGACUUGUGGACUUCAGCUUUGCUGGCUGAGGAAUUCUGGGAGUUGAAGUCCACAAGUCUUAAAGUUGCCAAGGUUGGAGACCCCUGCUUUAAAACAUACUCUCUAUUUACUUCUAGUAGAUUGGGCUGUUUUUGUAAACUGGUAACAUAUUUUAAAUCCUUUGCAAACUGCAGAGAAACGGUUGUGGAUAGAAAUCCUAGAUAGCAGGAAAUUUGAAAGCCACUGAAAAGUAAAAAGCUAAGUAGAGAGUUACCAUCAAAAUAAGGAAUUUUAAAACGAACUUUUAUGUGCUUUAGAUUUUUUUCCCCUCACCACAAACUAUAUUUCGGUUUUCAAAAAGCACAGAAUAUCUAUGUGCAAGUUUAGUGAUUUGGUUGUUGAGAGAUGAGAUGGAUGUGCGAUCCGCUCUAAUUUUUUUUUCCAUUAAUAAGCACAUCAAUCUGUAUAAGUCACAUGGGCAGAGCUCAAGUUGCUGUAGGUCAAGGAUUUCCCAUCCUUGGCAACUUUAAGACACAUGGGUUUCAACUCCUAGAAUUCCCUGGGGCUGGGGAAUUCUGGGAGUUGAAGUCCACAUGUCUUAAAGAUGUCAGGUUUGGCAAAUCCUGCUGUAGGCAGACUGAGUUUUCUGACUGAUCAAACCAGCCAUAAAAAGGAACUUUUGAGUGGACACACUUGGGGCAAGAUCUCAAAAAUAUCUCUAUAGAUAACCUAGACACAGGACACAUUGGAGAAUUUGCUGGGGAAAAAAACAAAGCCCAUUCAAUUGAUGACGUCCCAAUAACGUAAGUUUUAUAAGAUUGCAAGUGUUCCGUUAACGAUUAUAAGUUGUGAAGGGGAAGGAGGUGGAAUCUGGCGUACAUAAUGCAUUUUGAAACAUUACGGUGGAAGUACAGUAAAAGCGAUGGAAACAAUAAAACAUCUUAAAACAUCUUGAAAAGAGGAAGUGCAUUUCAAAUGAGUCCCAAGUUGGCUGAACUUUUAGUUCGUAUGUGAUGCGGUCAAGUGGAAUUUUGACUCAUUCGUUUUGUGGCUUGUCAUUUUCCUGUGCUUUGCAACCAAACCCCUUUGCAACAUUUGGCUCUAGAGGCCCUUCUAAAGCAAAGGAGAAAGUUUUGCGUUGAGGAAGAAGGUGGAAGCAGCCACCAGGAGACAGAGGAGGAUGCUGAAGAAGUAUGGAUAGAAAGGAUACAGAAGUGCUGCCCAUGAAGUCUUGAGUAAUUUAGGGCACAAGCCAUGGCGAUCAGCCGUGUUGAAAAACCUAGGAACAAGGUGAAGAAGAGGAACAUUGAUCUCAGCUAGAAGAUCCAUACAAAAAUCACCUAGUGCAGAGAGGAAGCAACAAGUGGCUAUUAAAGCUCAGAAAAUAGGUUGUGCUGUCCUUUAUUAGGCACUCUGAUCCAACUUGCAAAAAUCAGCAAUACCAUGGGGUAUCUUUUCUACCGAUGUUUUGGAGACCUCACCUAAGCAAGGAAGAGAACCUUCUGUGCCUUCCAAGGUCUUCUUUUUCUCGUGGCUUUACAUCAAGGAGGAGAGAAAUAAGUUGUGUGAUCUAGUCUCUUCCCUACCACCCAUACUCUGCAUAUUCCACCAAGGAAAGGAGAUACGGUCAUUUUCAAGAUUUUGAUCAACUGCCCUUAACAAUGUCUGUGGAGCUUCUCAAGUCAUCCAGGUCAUGGUUGUCCGAGCUGAAGCAGCUUCUUGGAUGAGAAACGAAAUGUCUUCAGAGAAAAGUUCAGUUUGCCUCUUGAAAAAGCACCUUUGGGUGCCCUUAACCAUGUUUAACUAGAAGAAUCCCAAAGCUGCUCAAGACUUAACUAGUUGAGAUCUUAAAUUUUGUAUUGUGGCCGUCAGCCAGGGGCGGGGCAUCUGAACAUUGUGGUCUGUAGCUUGGGAGCUCUGAAACUUGGCAUAGGCUAAAAUCUAAGCAGCAGCGCUUCAUCCUGGUGACUGGCAUUCACUGGAUUAAAACCCAAGACACAUCAAGGAUCUUUCCUUUCCAUCUCGUUCUGGAGAACAAGGGCAAUCCCAUCACAGCAGCAGCAGACUGAACUGCUGUUGAAGAGUCACUUUAACACUAUUUUCAUAUGGUCUAUAAAACUAAAGUCUCCUUAAAGUUGCCCUCAACUUCAUAGAUACAUCCAAGGAUUCAUCUUGGCUGCAACAUAGACAUGAUGUACAGGUAGUCCUCGGCUUACGACCAGGGGCACACAUGACCCCGUUCUGAAGUUCUAAUGACCUUCUCCCCAGCAGCCACAUGACUGCACUUCAGGCACUCUGCAGUCAAGCUGUAAUUAAGGCCGUUUGCAGCAUCCCAUGGUCACGUGGUCACAUUUUACAAUGCUUUUGCUGAAAACCGGCAUUCCAUUUUUUUUAGCAAAACUGACCCACAGCAAAACAUCGCUUCGCAACAUUUGCAGUCGCUAAACAGCCACAAAACUUACAAAAUCGAGUUGGUCGUAUAGAUGACUCACGUUACCAUCAUCAUGACUUACAGUACACUUAUGAUGGGCAGGCUCCAUUACGGUCAUAAGUCAAGGACUACCUGAACUGUUGUCUUCUCAGAUGUUUUCACCUGUCUGAUCCCCAGCUAUAUUUAUGUUUUUUUUCCACCCAGGUACAAGCCACGUCCAACCCUGCUUUGCCUCUUUAAUAACCGGCUAAAUGACUGUCAGAUACAUCCAUAGUAAAAACUUAAUGGCUACAUCAAAAGGCCAAAUAAAGAAAACUUGUUUGCUAUAUGGAUGCCCAGAGACACAAAUUAACUCAAUUGUGCUUUUUUUUUUUUUUUAAUGGGCCAUAGUAAAUAAGUGUUUUUUAGGGUUGCUUAGAUAUAUGUGGUCAGUUGGGAAAAUACCCCUGAAUUCUCAACCUGAAUCCAUGCUAUUUCCCUGCUACUGAUUACAAAUAAAUAAAUUGUUAUGAGGAUAGCAAAAACUGGAAGCGAAGUGUAAAUAUCUAAGUUAUGCUUGCUUUCAGUUGCAUUUGAAGAAAAUUCUCUGCAGCACUACAUCGUCCCUGAAGUAAUUAAUCUAGGUUUCAAGGUAAUUUGAUUGGGAGAAUAAAUAGGAUUCAUAAAGACCGUCCUGUUAAUUCUUAAAUGUGAUUAAGGUAAACUUAGGGAAUAUUUGAAAGGAGGUUGGAAAUUAAAAAAACUCCAAGAUUGAGCUGUUAGCUAUGGCUAAGAUUUUACAUACGCAGAAGUCUUUGGGUAGUUCUAUAAGAUAACUGAUUGGCAUGGAAUAUCUAUAAUUUCUUUCCUAGUAUUUUGUUAGUAAUAUAAAAUUAACUUAAUAAAAAGCUGCUUGAUUUUGAGCCUACGUUAUCACCAUGUGCCCAAUUUGUGCCUAAGCUUCCAUUUUUAUUUCAUUUGGAGCUUUAAAUAUAUAUCAUAUAUAUCCCAGAGGUCUCUCUACUUUAAAAUAAAUAUAUUUUUGCAGAUAUGGAAUUUCCAUUGGUUUGUGUCUGUCCAUGAAAGGAUGACCUACAAAAUUUGUGAUUUAAACGGCAUUUUGUGGAGAGAAGAAAUAAGGAAUCUCAAAUAACCCUUUCCAAUGUAGCAGGAUUUUCAAGUUCCUUCCAUGGCAGUAUUUAUUAUUGUGAAUGAGCAAAAGCCAGAGCAUAAAGUAGAAUAUUAUGUAUUUUAGGAAACGUUCAUGCAUAUGUGAAUUCUAUUGUACUGCUACUUUCAAUACCUAACACCUCUCCACUGGAAUAUUAUAACUAUAUCUGCUUUGUAUAUAAUCAGGAUUAAUUCAUUAGUUAUAUCACAUAUUGUACGGUGCUCAAAUCACAACAUGAAGAAGUGAAUAACUAAUUUGCAAAAAGAAAUAUAAAUAUAUAUAUUUAUAGUCAAAUACAGAUUUUGAAUGACUCUAGACGCCGUUACUUUAGAUGGGAUUGAUAGAAUGAAUUAAAUGGAACUACCCCAGAUUUAUAAGAAUUUAAUCUACAAUAUUUAUAUUUUCAAGAGGGAGAAAAAAAUGACUAUAUUUAAUAAAGUGUCAUUUAUUGGA